GGCGGUGACAGUCGUGGCUUCUCUGCGAGAGAAAGAGCCCGGCCGUGUUCGCGCGCACAAUAGAGAGCCACCCAGAGCGAGGCGCUUCUGUUGCCGCUUCCCCUUCUCGGCUUCGCCGCUGCCUCUCAGAAAAUCGCUUUUGUCUGUCGCUGGCCCCUCUCGCUUUGCAUUUUGCAAGCACCGGCGUGCUCGGUCGCAGCCGCGUUUUGCAGACAUGAAAGCCAUCAGCCCGGUGAGAUCCGUCAGGAGCUGCUACGAAGCCGUGUGCUGCCUGUCGGACCAGAGCCUCGCCAUCGCCCGGGGGAGCAGUAACAAGAGCCCGGCUUUGGAGGAGCCCAUGAACCUCCUCUACGACAUGAACGACUGCUACUCCAAGCUGCGGGAGCUGGUGCCGGGCAUCCCGCAAGGCUCCAAAGUGAGCCAAGUGGAGAUCUUGCAGCACGUCAUAGACUACAUCUUCGACCUGCAGAUCGUGCUGGAGGAGCAGGCGAAGAAGGGCCAGGAGGCGGCGGAGGCGUCGCUGCUCUCUUUCAAAACGGCAGACCUUGCAUCAGAACUCUGCUCAAAGGAUGAGAGAAACCUUUGCCACUAAUAUCUUAACAGACUGCAGGUGUGAGAUCCUGACACUUCGUUCUCUCCAGUAAAAGAGAGAGAAGAUAGAAGAAAAAGACCUUGACUGGAGAAAGGAUCAGAUGUUUAACCCCCAUGUACUCAGCCAUGGAGGGGGUAGCUGCCUUUAUCUUCCAGAUAAACUCUGUCUGUGGAGCUAGGCUGUACAAGGCAAUUUUCACCCGCCUUGACUGGGACUUCGAAUAACAUUUUGUUACUUCUCCUUUGUGUUUUAUUUUCCAUCUGCCUGAAAACCAAACUGCAGGACAGAAAAAAACUCAGAAUGCAACAAAAGAACCCCCUUUUUCAUCGGAUGGUGGGAAGGGUUAAAGAAUUUAAGAACAAAAAGGUGCUCUGAGCCAUCAGAUCCGCACUUAACUGCGCGCUGUUGCUGGUCGGAUCUCCGAGAAAUGACAACAGCAUCCCUUCCAUGAUGGCAGUUUUAGGACAGUGCAGGACAGAUCCGUGCUUUGCUCUUUUAAAAAGAAAGGGCAUGGCAAACUUUGACAGAUAAUGCAGCCUGUGUGUAUAUUUUGGAUUAUAGUUUUUUAACAUCAAUUUUGGGAGGGUUAGAAGGUGCUUUUAAGAGUUAUGGAAACUGAACAGUCUUGGGGCUAGUUUGCCUCAUGGUUUUUAUUGUUGAACUCUAUAAUAGAGAUAAUGUGUACUUUUUUUUUGGCAGGAAGGUUAAUUUCUGCAUCCAUUAACUGUACUUGCUUUGUAAAAAAACUUUUUAUAAAAGUUUCUUAUGUAAUAAAUUUACACUGUUUUUUUUUU